AUGAAAACUACUACUGAAGCUCAUCUGCCGACGUUGGACUUUUCCAAAUCAUAUUCUAAAGUAGUCAAUGACCAUCUAUCUAUAUCAUUGACAUAUCUACCUUCAGGGACUACCACUGAGUACGAAUGCCUACUUACGUUCCACAACACCAAUGACCAAUCAAUUGUUAUAAAUCCGCAAGAGAAGCAAUCAGAACCAGCUGCAAACCCUGGAUGGCUCGGAAGUAUAUUUGGCCGCGGGCAGAAAGAAACGCCAGAAGCAACUGCUGAUCCACAACCUGACCCACACUUGAAGUUGUUCUUAGGACAUGUACAGUUGUUUGGUUACGUCGUCCUCAAUUACAAUUUUAACAUUGAUACAUCAGCACUUGAAAUGACCAAGAGCUCACAAUGGUGGAACAACGCAGAAUAUCUCGAUCAAUAUUUCAAUAAUCAAGAUUGGAAAGAUGAAGAUCUACAAAUAAAAGCAUUGAAUCAAGUUCCUUUGAUUGCCAAGAAGUCAAAGCUAACAAUAGAAGGGAAAUUAGGUGGGGUGAAUGAUUUGUUUGUGGAUCACAACACGGAUCUUGUUAUUGAUUCCACCCAAGCAUAUUUCUUGCAUGAUUUGAUCACUCCAUUCAAUUCACAACAAAUACCAACUUCUAGCGUGGCUGCUGGUGCAUCUACAAUUUCACUUAAUGAAUUGACGGACUCUAUUGUUCCUAUAUACUCCACUCGCCAGUCACUUUUAUUCACCGAUUUAGCCAUUGAACCCAACUCAUCCAAGACUUUCCAUUUUAGGUUCCCAGUAAAAGAUACGUUGCCACCUACGUAUAAUGCUCGACUGACGGGUCUUGCAUGUGAUCAAGGAUGGCUGAGCAUAAGGUACUCAUUAAUCGUCAGUGUAUCUGAACCAAACAAGCCCGGGGAAAAAUUGAAACCACGAUCAAUAUAUUUCCCUGUCAAUGUGGAAGCACAAAGAGUAGGAAUAAGUUUCCGUCACUUGCAACAUGAUUAUCUUUCUGAUGAGACCGCAUUCACACUUGACCCGAAUUGGCAAAUUGAGUUGGUUUCCCAGGAGACAAAGUCCGAUAUUCACAGUGUGACCGAAUCCGGAGAUGCCCGUGAGGUAUUCUUGCAAGAUUUGAGCAAAUUGAUCGAAUCGGAUCUAUACAACAUGCCUAAAGUCUCUACUAUUGAGCGGAGAAAGAGUAUUCCGUUUGACAAGCUUGACGAGUUUAAACAGUUGGAGAUUGUCGAGAAUAACAAGGCGAUCCCACAACUACCCGAGCAUUUGAAAACACAAUACCAAUUGCGAGUCAACAACCAGGAAUUGUGUUUAAUUAGCUUAUCCCGGCCUUAUUUCCAUAUCGGGGACGAUAUUAAUUACAUCAUUGAUAUCAACAGAGGCAAACAAUCACUACCAAAAGUAAUUGGAAUUGUGGCUUAUCUCGAAGCCCAUGAAAAUUACCAUAUUGGUGAUAGCAACCGCGUGUUCACAAACAUGUACAAAGUCAGUGGGAAUGUGAAAUUGAAUACAUUUGCAUCGGCAAUGAUUGAUGCCUCGAUUGAAAAUCACACUCCAAGCUUGAUCAAUGGACAUAUCCACAUUGCGAGAUCAUUAACAGGGCAAUUUCAAAGUAGCUCGUUUAUGGAUUUGAAAUAUUAUUUGGUGUUCCACUUUAAUCUAGCCACUAUGACCGAGGAGACUGAACAAGGGAAUAGUGAGGAGCAACACACGAACGGAUCUCAGCCGCCUGACGAUGGUGCGGGUGAGAGAUUGAUCAAUGGAAAUUCGAAUGUGAAACCAAUAUUAUCUGAAGAGUUGUUUGCUAUUAAUAGACAAUACAAGUUUGAUGGUGUAGGGUCAGGGCACAAGUUCAAAGUGCCUAUUUAUCUUUUACCAUAA